UUGCACACUUUUUGUGCUGCGCUUCCGAAUCUCUAGCAACACUAUCACUCCCUUACCACAAGUUCCAACAAGGAGAUAGAUAGUGCAGUGCAGUCCCAAACCGAGCAGACGAUCUCAUACGUCUAAGAUAUUUAACUUUAACGAACGACGCCAUCCAAUAUAAAAAAAAUACAUAAUGUUAUUUGGUUCACUGUUUGAAGCAUCCCAGAACUUGCCGUUCAAAACUCCAUUUUCGAAUGUCAACUGUCAAGCAGCAUCGGCAUCAACCUUGGCUACUGAAGAUGAACCAUUGAUGAAAACUGUUGUGCCAUCACGCCAAAUUAUGGCCGCUGCAACUCCCGAAGGAGAUUCCUGCGCAUUUGGAUCAAAUCAAUAUUUUGCACUAUGCGGUCUUGGUGGUAUUAUUUCGUGUGGCAUAACUCAUACAAUGGUUGUGCCACUUGAUUUGGUCAAGUGCCGGCUGCAAGUCGACCCAGCCAAAUAUAAAAGUGUUGCCAAUGGCUUCCGUUUAACACUGAAAGAGGAUGGCGUAAAAGGCUUGUCAAAAGGUUGGGCACCAACAUUCUUUGGCUACUCAAUGCAGGGCUUAUGCAAAUUUGGCCUAUAUGAAGUAUUCAAAGUUAACUAUUCGAAUGCUAUUGGCGAGGAAAAUACAUAUCUGUAUAGGACAUCAUUGUAUUUAGCUGCAUCAGCAUCAGCUGAAUUCUUUGCUGAUAUCGCUCUAGCUCCAAUGGAAGCGGCUAAAGUUAAAAUUCAAACAACACCUGGUUUUGCCAAUACUUUACGCGAAGCAAUACCAAAGAUAUCACAGCAAGAGGGUAUUACAGGAUUUUAUAAAAGUUUGGUGCCCUUAUGGAUGCGACAGAUUCCAUAUACAAUGAUGAAAUUCGCUUGUUUUGAGCGAACACUUGAGUUGCUAUACCAGUAUGUUGUUCCAAAACCACGGCAAGAAUGUACAAAGGGUGAACAAUUGAUUGUCACAUUUGCUGCUGGUUAUAUUGCUGGUGUAUUCUGUGCCAUUGUUUCUCAUCCAGCUGAUACAGUUGUUUCUAAACUAAAUCAAGCUAAAGGUGCAUCAGCGCUUGAUGUGGCCAAACAGCUUGGUUGGUCAGGUUUAUGGGGUGGUCUUGUUCCUAGGAUUGUAAUGAUUGGAACUCUGACUGCCGCACAAUGGUUCAUUUAUGAUGCUGUUAAAGUAUAUCUCCGCAUGCCAAGACCACCACCACCAGAAAUGCCAGAAUCUCUCAAGAAGAAGUUAGGCAUUACCCAAUAAAACCUAAGGUUAUAAAUUAAUUGAUGUAAUAAUAAAAAUAAUAAAAUGAAAUGGAGUUAAAUACAAUUAAAAAAAUUAUUACAACCCCAAAGUAGACACGAAAUAAAGUAAUAGACAAAAUUACACACAUAA